AUGAUCGAGAUGUAACAUUGGAUUACGUGGAAUUCAUGAAAAUUUUGAACAUCUCCCUUGACAAAGAGAUCAGGCCGAAGUACACUGAACAUUAUUACACGGGUUUCUUGGUUUACCCGAAUUACUCGAAUCGGGACUUGAUGGUGUACAUGAUUUUAAAAACUUUUAUGACUCGAUGCCCAAAACUCGAACGAAUUUCAAUUGACUUACGGCGCAUUUACACGCGAGGACCAAAAGAAUACAUUUGUUCUGAGUUGAAAAAAGAGCGGGCUCCCCGACUCGAUUAUCGUCAUCUCCCCACGGAAAUAUAUGAAACAUUGCAUUCGUACUCGGGUGAUGGUCCUUGCCUAAAGCAACUGAGUGAAGUAGUAUGUGUGACAAGACGUCGGAAAACCAGUUUGCUACUCUCGUUGACGAAAUUUGCGCCCAACAUAAAAUAUUUGGUAACCACGAUUGCCUAUGGACAACAUUUUUUGGAUGGUGACCUGGAAAGAAAUUAUGAGAAACCAAAAGUCGAAGAAGAAGCUGCGAGUUUAGCAACACUCAUUCAAUCACAAAAGGCCUUGUCACAUUUUGGAUUACACACGUGUUCAGAAGGACUGCCCGUCGUAAUGUCUGCACUGAAGUCUCAAAUUAAUUCUUUAAGCUCUUUGAGCUUUGUGAAUAUGAAAAAUUUGAACUAUAAAGUUUUGAUUGGUAUAAAACCGCUGAAAAUGUUACAGAAACUCUCGUUUCAAUUAUGUACAUUUCAACCUGACGGGCCAACAUUUCGUUCAACCAAUCCUGAAUUCCCGUGCCUCACAGAGCUCGAUCUGAGUGGAACAUAUGCUUCGGAUGAAAUGUUGGAGAAUUUGUUAUUAAUGUGCCCGAGUGCUCUCAA